AUGACCACUGCUGCUACAUCUGCAUCUGCCACUUCUCCGCCGACUUCUCCGCCCGCGAAAAGAGUCAAGACAGACGCCGCAGCAGACGCAGCUUCAACCGCCCCAAAUAACAACAACACAACAACAGCAGAAACCACCACCACCGAAAAAAUGGGUUCCUCCUCCGAAACCCCCUCCGUCCCCGUCCCAAACCUAGACCAAUCCCCGCCCCUGCUCAUCAAAAAGCUCUCCCCGAACGCCAAGCUGCCCACGCGCGGCAGCGCCUUCUCCGCAGGCUACGACCUGUACGCGUCGCAAGCGACGACGAUCCCCGCGCGCGGCAAGGCGCUCGUCGAGACGGACCUCGCGAUCGCCGUGCCGGCGGGGACGUACGGGCGGAUCGCGCCGCGGUCGGGGCUGGCCGCGAAGCACUUCCUCGACACGGGCGCGGGCGUGAUCGACGCCGACUACCGCGGGCCCGUCAAGGUGCUGCUGUUCAACCACGCGGAUGCGGACUUCGCCGUCGCCGCGGGGGACAGGGUCGCCCAGCUCGUCGUCGAGCGCAUUUAUACCCCCGACGUCGUCGAGGUCCAGGAGCUGGAGGAGAGCGUGCGCGGCGCCGGCGGGUUCGGGAGCACGGGGAAGAAUUAG